UAAGAGCUGAAAAUUUUGUUCAUUUACAGAAGCACCUUAGUGAAAUAAACGAGGUGUUACAACAGCUCACGCACUCGUUGAACGCAUCACCUCCUCGACCUCAUGCAGGGUGGCCGCGGGGUAUUAAAAAGUCUUAAAAAGUCGUAAAUCAAUUUUCAUCAAAAUAAGGCCUUAAAAAGUAUUAAAUUGUCUUAAAUUCAGAUUGCAUUGGUCUUAAAUAUUUGUGUGCCAUGUCAGUGCGAAAAUGCGGGCAAUCUGUUCUGCCAGGUCAAAUAUUUUUUUUCCGGUAGCCUGUGCGCUGCGUUGUCUUUGGUUAGGUCAGAGCGUAGACUACUGCGCAGCUGUAGCCCCACCCCCCCGAUUACGCCACUGCCAGGGCUCCUGUUUAUUGGUUUAUCAUCUAGCCAGGGCUCCAGCCUGUUCGUUUAUAGAUUUUGGCGCGAUUCAGACCCCUCACUACGAUAUAGACACUCGACUCUGAAACAUGGGUAAGUGUAAAUUUAAUGAUAAAUGGCUCGAGAAGGACGAGUAUGACUGGUUAAGGUCGGUGCCUGGUAGCGCCUAUGAAGCUCGGUGCACUGUGUGUAAAAAAACCUUCAAACUUGGGACAAUGGGGAUCGGAGCGGUGGAAUCCCAUGUCCAGAGCCAGAAACACAAAGCUUACUCAAAAGCACGCCUGCAGCCUACAAUUACUAGCUUCUGCUCCACCGCUAGCAAUGAUGUAAUUGACAACGCUAGUGUUGCAACAGGAAAUCCACAGCCUGUUACAAGCAUGCCAUCUGACCGCGCAAUUUGUGGCUCUACGCCAACACUGCGAGCAGAGGUGAUUUGGGUGAUGAGGACCGUGACAAGCCACCAUUCCUGCAGGUCCAAUGACGGAAUUGAUGACUUGUUUAAAGCGAUGUUCCCAGAUUCUGCCCUUGUACAGUCUUUUACAUGCGGGAAAGACAAGACCAGAUACGUUGCCAAAUUUGGAUUGGCGCCGUAUAUAAAAAAAGAGCUCGUCAAUGAAGUUCAAAAAUGCGGUGCGUUUGUUGUCAUGUUCGAUGAGACACUGAACCAGACAACCAAAACCAAACAAAUGGACUUGCAUGUGCGUUUUUGGUUAAAUGACCAUGUCCAGUCUAGGUUCUACGGAUCACAGUUCAUGGGCCACGCAACUGCCAAGGACCUACUUCAGCAUUUCAAAGAGUGUGUGCAGCAGCUUGACCUGAGACAUUUGGUUUCUAUCUCAAUGGAUGGACCAAAUGUCAAUUGGAAGUUUUUCUCAAUGCUCCAACAGGAGCAUGCAGAUACAUUUGGAGGUGCCCAGCUGAUUGUGGUGGGGAGCUGUGGGCUUCACACACUCCACAAUGCCUUUAAAAGUGGCUUCAGUGUCUGGCAGAUGGAGAAAGUGCUCAGGGCAUUGCAUACACUCUUGCACAAUACCCCUGCUAGAAGAGAAGAUUUCUGCUCUUUGACCAAGUCAUCUGUGUUUCCCCUACCAUUCUGUGGGCAUCGCUGGAUCGAAAACCUACCCGUUGUCGACAGGGCUAUCACCAUAUGGCCAAUGAUGGUGAAGUAUGUGGAUGCAGUGACACAGAAAAAGCUUCCAAACCCUAGAACAUCCUCCUAUGACACCCUUGCAGAGGCACGGAAUGACCCUCUCAUAAUGGCCAAGCUGCACUUCUUUAUGGCUGUCUCUAGGACCUUCACCACAUUUCUGACUAAGUAUCAGACAGAUGAGCCGGUGAUUCCAUUCAUCGGUAAAGAUCUGGCUGUUCUCAUGAAGAGCCUACUGAAGAGGUUCAUCAAGGCAGAGAUCCUUAAUGACAUCACAGCACUGCAAAUGGUCAAACUGGACACAACUGCCAAGGAAGCAAGGGCUGGCCUAAAGGCUGUGGACAUUGGAUUAGGAGCAGAAGUAGUCCUAAAGGAACUCCAGAGUAGCCCCAAGAGCAGCGUAGGGGAGCUCAGUGUGUUGGCCUUUAGAAAGGACUGCAUGGACUGUUUGACCAAUAUUGUCAAGAAAAUGCAAGACAAGAGCCCACUGAAGUACACCAUUGUGAGGCAGAUGGCAUGUUUGGACCCAACGAGCAUGUUCUCAGACCCCGACUUGUGCUAUGAAAGAAUGAAAGGAGUUGUUCAGAGGUUUCUGCAUGAUAACCAGCUGUCAGGAGGCGCCUCUGCUGGUGAUGUGAUUGUCCAACAAUUUGGAAAUUUCUUGUCUCUGGAGGCAAAACAUGAGUCAUUCUCCUCUUUCCAACCCAUGCGUACAAGACUGGACGUUUUCCUGCAUGGACUCCUCCAUCAAUCCUACCCUGAACUCUGGGCAUUCUGCAGGAAACUUCUGCUUCUCUCCCAUGGCCAAGCAACGGUUGAGAGGGGCUUUUCUGUAAACAAGGAGGUAGAGGCCGAUAACAUGAAGGAGGACACAGUGGUUGCUCAGAGGAUGAUCUGUGACUAUGUCUCUGUCUGUGGGGGGGUUCUCAAAGUACCUCUGACUAAGGAGCUUUUGGCAGCUGCAGCUUCAGCUAGGUCUCAGUAUCGGCUACACCUGGACCAGGAAAAGAGAAAGCAUGCGAGCAAUGCUCAAAGAGAAAAGAGAAAAGGUGCAGAAGACCACCUAGAGCAGCUCAAAACGAAGAAGAAGAUACUGAUUGAGGUAGCAAACAGCCUGGAAAAAGAUGCAGACAAGCUAGCAGAACAAGCUGAGGGUAAAUCAGGCACACUCAUGGCCCAGCUAAUCACCAAGUCAAACAUCCUCAGAAGAAGACACAAAGAAAAACUCACAGAACUCAAAGAGGUUGAGAAAGAGCUGGAAGAUAAAUCGGCAGAACUCAGGCAUAUGCCAUAAUGUCAAAUUAGGCAUUACCUCUUCCUUACC